UGCUGUUGCUGCGUACAAUGCGCAGUCGCGGAUGUUCUUAAAAAUAGCAAUGGGAUUUUAGAGGUCAUUAGCCGUUUAUUAGGCACCAAAAGAUUUAGCUUCCUAACCGCGACAUGACAGAUCAUUAGUUGAUCAGCAGAUUCUAUUGUCACGGUCUUGUUGUUAAACUGUUGGAUAGCAGGUUUUCCCAUAUUGAUGCAAGGUAUGCAGACACCCCCUCCUGGCAUUUUGUCAAACCAGUUUUCCCGGAAUGUCAGUCACUGUGUCCGCGCAGGUGCUUGUUUAUCCCAAUACAUCACAUUCAAAGAAUGGUAACGCUGUUUGUCCUAUAUAAGACUCCCACUAACUUAUGGAAUCCUUUAUUAGCUGUAGACAGAACAGAGGACGGAUAUAUAAUUAUUUGUAUAUCACCUAAAUGUCCUGUUGAAUUCCCAUCGCGUCUAUCUCUGUCAGGUGGUUUAAGAGGCCCUUUUUAGAUGCUUAGCAUUCUGUUAGUACCCUGACCUGCGAUGAAGAGCCCCGGCCAUGGGCUGAAGGCGAGGCCAUCUGAUUUUGAUGAGGGUUGAACCAUUAAAGAAAAACAUACAUUAGUUUCUGAGCUCAGCAGUUGCAUUCUGAUGAAGUAGCGCAUCUGGUCCCUUUAAAACAUUCUAGAAUGUCGGUUUCCCUCUAACUUUAACGAUGUCAUUCCAUAUUCCGUUGCAAAAGACACAUUUCGAUGUUGGGCACGUUUGUUUUCCAACUGCUCUUCUCUGUCCUGUUCAAACAGAGGAUUGGUCUUGUACUGAACUGCUUUGACCACUGGGUGUCAGAAGUGAACAGCUUUCUUAUUCAUGCUCUUCAACUUCCCUUUUUCUUAAAUGAUAGAGAGACCCUUUUAAAUCGGACAUCAUGAAAUCUUUCAAGAUAGAUCCUCUUGCCUCAGAUUUUCCUUUUGUUUUGUACACCAGCAUAAGUAUUCUGGGCAGUCUUACCUAUUUGUAAAAUACCAGUUGAUGCAAAUGAAUGGUUUCUGCUGAUAACAUAAAUACUAUGCAUAUUCAGAUGUAUCAAGCUGCUAGUUCACAUAUUUCUUUGGACAUCUAGUUUCUUCCAUGUCAUUGGCUUCUGUAGUCACUCGAUCAGUUUCCUUUUGCGGCCUAUUAGAGCUUAUCUACAGUAAAGCUGAGAGCUAGAUCCAUGGUUACCUGGUGAGACUGUUCCAUCCAGGCUCUGUGUUGAUACUGUCAACUGGAGGGUAUCUUGCAACCAGGAUGAACCACUUUACUGAGGUCUAAAAUUAGCACAAAUAGUCAUUGAAUAGCAAAUCUCCAUAACACAUUGACUGGAAAUGUGCUGCUAUAUUCUGCAUACAACUCUCAAGCAAGAGCAUGAUUGAUCAGGACAGUGUGGUACUUGUGUGCGUUAAGAUUUAGAAAUGUAACUUAUUUCAAGUUUUAACCUUUUAUUUUACCAAGAAUUUUACCCCAUUGAGAUAUAGCCUAAUCUCUUUUUCAAUUGAGACCUGACCGACAAAGGCAACAGAGCAGGAUUUUAAAUUUUACAGCAGAUAUAUGAAAAACAUAAUAAUCAGUUGUUAUAAGAUUCAAAAGUCAGAGUGGCCAGUAAAGUCAUUGGGGUAAACCAAGUCCAGCUCUCUGAGUUUUAUGUUGGGCAGGUCGCAAGGAAGACCCAGUCCAUAUUGGCUUGUACUGACCAUCCCCUGAAGGGGGAGUUUGACCUCUUGCCGUCAGAAGAAGGUAUAGAGCUCCCACCCACAGAACAAAACGAUUUGGGGACUCUUUUGUUUGUUUUGCUAUUGGGAGGCUAAAUAGUCAUAAAUGAAUGGCAUGGGUUUUCAACAUUAAGUGAUCCUUGUACUGUAUUGUGUGUUGUCUUUGUGUGGUAUCAGGUAUGCUGGUUAUGUAGUAUUUUAUGAUGGAUUGAAUGUGUUUUAAUACCUGUCUGCAAACAAAUUUUCCCUAGUGGGAUCAAUAAAAUUGACUUGACUUGAUGUCAUGGUGGAACUGACCAACAGAGAGGGGUCAACACGUUUAUCACAAAGGAGUCAACUCAGGUUCCCGGAAUGCCAUUUCUGUUGAAGUGACAGUGUCCUGCCCAACCAAGUAACUAGGUGAUUAGACUUAUUGCAUCAUCCUUUUGGCUUUAAACUAAUAAAAGAAAACACAGACAUGUCAACAAAGAUGCAACCGGUUGUCAUUGAUACUAUGUCAGCUCUUGUCCCUGUGUCCUUGGGCAAGGCACGUCACCCUACUUGCCUCGGUGGAAUGUCCCUGUACUUACUGUAAGUCGCUCUGGAUAAGAGCGUCUGGUAAAUGACUAAAUUUAAAUGUAAAAUUGAAUCGUCUUAACAAUGUCUCGUUGAUCAAGGGUCGACAGUUGCUUGAAUAGGAAUACAGAGUGAAGUUAGUUAAUACAGUCAACUUACAACUUUCUUUUUCAAAUGUAAAAAUAAGGUGGUUUCAGUCUGCAGUCUCUGCUGUGUCAACUUUGAGUCAUGUGGUCUGGAUUGGUGUCAUGGUUGUCUUUUUAUUUUAUUUUUUGCUUUUGUCAAGGCAAUCCCAUGGUGGGAGGGAACGUUGAGCUUGCAUUUUGACAGCGGUUGGAAAAUGACAGAAACCGUCUCACAGGCGCAUGUCUCAUUUCAGUAUCUUGUUUUUGUGUCUCAUUCAGGUCUGGCUUUCUCUGAGUUUUUGUCAUUGUCUCCAUGUGAGUGACUAACUGUACCUUUUUGUGACAAAGACUGAAAAUAUGCCCACAAGUUAAAGAGAUUAACGCAAACCCAACACACCCAUUCUGCUGUGUUCUAACCUCGUUUGACACUGGGUGUGGUGUGGAAACCUUUAUGGAUUUACAGUGCAUCAUUUGUUUCAUGUCUUUGUUAAUAAACAGAAAAAACACAACAUCUUUAGGGUAAAGAUUUUGAUUGAUAUAUAACCUACAUAUAACGCCUAUCAUCAAUCCUGUCACAACAAGAAUCAUUCCAACCCCACCCACAGUUGUCUCCUUGUGGCUGAAAGUCAGGUGAUCGGCCAGCCAUAGGAACUGAGCAUGAAAAUAAGAAUACUGAUUGGACAGAUGUGUAGCUUUGGUAAAGUGAUGGGAUUGGAUGGGAUAAUCCUUGUUAGAGAGACUGCCAAAGGGUUUAUUAUGUUUCAGCUAGCUUUCUGAGUUGUCUCCGUUUUGGCCUUGCGGACAGGUUAGAGGCUGGGUUUCUUAGUUGAAUGUUGCACAAUGAUUUAAAAGAAUAGAGGUUGAACUCGAGCUGAGGCUUAACAUACAGAACAAGGGAGCAUUUGACUCCUGCCAUGUCUAUUCUAGGGUUCAUUCAAGCAGGCCAAAUUACAACAACCAUACCAUUGAUUGCCCGGCUAUUGUCAGGUGAGUGGCCGGCCAAUGAGAGACUGGUUACAUCAAUGGAGGUCUGUGUUUCCCUUCAUGUAGGUUAGUCUUGUACCCAGUGACCCUUAGUAAAAUAGCCACACACAACCAUGUCUGCCUAUUGGUGGAACACAGAGUGAAUGACCCAUGACCCUGUGACCCUAGACAUGGAGUGUGUGUGUUUGAGUGUGUGUGUGUGUACAGAGAGGGGAUCCUGUAAUGUGCGGGCUCAGCAUUACUGGAGAAAUGAGCCCUCAGCAAUGUGACCCAGACCCAGUCAAUAAGGCUAUCUGGAGAGACGUGGUCAGUCGAGAUCAAUUCUUGUGCCCUAGCGGUCAAAGUUGAGUGGGGAGGGAGGUGAAGGGUGAAGCGAAGGGCCUGGAAUGUGUGUGUGUGUGUAUGUCAUCUGUAACUAUCUGGGAGUGCAUCACCACAGCCUCUGCUCAGGGGGGGAGGCGAUAUGUGAUGGGAUCUAUUCCGGGUGCCGCCCCCCUGUGUUGCCAUGGCUAUAUAAGCCCCAGUCACCCAGAGGAUGUUUUCUUCACUCUGGUUUUGAGGCCCAAGAAAGAGAUGCCAGAGUUUGAGAAGAACACGGUCCACAUGAGGGACCCGGAGCGCGUGGAGCAGAUCAUCUGUGGUCUGAUUAAGGGCGGAGCCUCCAAACUACAGAUCAUCACAGACUUUGACAUGACGUUAAGCAAGUUCGCCGUCAACGGCAAACGCUGCCCGACGUGUCACAACAUCAUUGACAACUGCAGUCUCGUCUCUGAAGAAUGUCGGGAAAAGCUGCUGCAGCUCAAGGAGACGUAUUACCCCAUAGAGAUCGAUCCCCACCUGACAAUGGAGGAGAAAUAUCCUUUCAUGGUAGAAUGGUAUUUUAAGUCCCACACGUUACUGGUAGAGCAGAGGUUACAGAAGGACAAACUCCCAGAGGUGGUGAGGGAGUCAGACGCCUGCUUAAGGGAGGGAUACGAGCAGUUCUUUGACCGCCUCCAUCAGCACAACGUGCCCAUGUUCAUCUUCUCGGCCGGACUGGGCGACGUCCUGGAGGAGAUCAUCCGCCAGGCCGGGGUCUAUCACCCAAACAUCAAGGUGGUCUCCAACUUCAUGGACUUUGACGAGAAUGGCGUGCUGCGGGGCUUCAAGGGGGAGGUCAUCCACGUCUACAACAAGCACGACGGGGCCCUGCGCAACACGGACUACUUCAAGCAGGUGAAGGACAACUGCAACAUCGUGCUGCUGGGCGACUCCCUGGGCGACCUGCACAUGGCCGACGGCGUGCCCAACGUGGAGAACAUCCUCAAGAUCGGCUUCCUCAACGACAAGGUAGAAGAGCGACUGGAGAAAUAUCUGGACUCCUAUGACAUCGUCCUUGUAAAGGACGAGACUCUGGAAGUGCCCAACUCCAUCCUUCAGAAGAUUCUCUAACUCUCACCCCCCCCCCCCCCCCCCAGCACACAUCCCACUGCCCCCACAUGGAACUCAAGUGGAUCGCCUGACUCUAGAAGGCUACGACCAGCCCCCACCGUAGCCCCUCAAUAGACUCUAGCUCCACGGUCGACCACCUCUGCCCUCCUCGAAUCCCAUUCUGUGGCUACAAAGCAUCUUCACUAAGGCUCAUUCAUGGGGACAAAAUGUCAGAUCCUGACAGCUCACUUCACCACGUUUUUAAAGAGACAUUUAUUUUCCCCCCUCUGGUGUUUUUUAAGUACGCUAAUCUUUGUCUUUGUGUCUGUCCAUGUGUCCUACUGAACACUGUCUGCAUACUCCACCCCAGUAUGAAAAAAGAAAAAAAAAAGUAAUGCUGAACAAACAAAGAAAAUAUGUGAAACCCUCUUUUAUUAUUUGCACAUUGUUGUUAUUACAAUGUAUUUCCUAUAUUAUUUUUGAUAUAAUGUUUGUAUAAAAUGUUGAUCGGUUGAGCAUCAGCAGACGGUGCGCUGCCAGGCAGUCCCAGCAUGCUUUUGGCCAUACUGUCAUCAUGGAGGACACCCCGCGGCCCUCGUCUGCCAGACGUGUCCAUCUGAGGUGGCACCUUUUUCUUCUGGUUUCUCUCAUAUAUUUAACAGAUUCGGAUCGUCGUGUAAUAUUGAUGUUGGAGAGUUUUUUUGAAGGAAGUAUUGGGUUGCUUAUUUUCAGGAUGCAAGCAUGCCGGAGUGCUGCCUUUAUGUGCAACCUUGUGAGAACAGCAGUGAGUUGGGCAGAAGCGAUGCACUUUAACCUCUGUGUAUAAGUGUAACUAAUGUGGGAUAGGUUUUCAUGGAUGCAAUUGUCAUUCUUGCAGAAACUGGUUGUGUAUACAUUCUCAGACAGAGUUCUCAAUUAAAUACACAUCCGGUAAGAGCACUUUACUUAACGCAGCAACUGAAAGUUGUUAUAGGUGGUGGUAAACAUUGGUGAACAGACAGCAACAGUGUAUGUUUUCCAGCUGUCUAGAGUGCUACAAUGAAAGUAUACACUAGAAGAUGUUCAAUUCAUUCAUCAUUAUCACUAUCACCAGGGCUUUGGGACCUGGGGAGUCAGAACCUUCUAUUAGAAAUAAUAGACCAAGGGGUUGUUCUAGAAGGCCCUGUGUGUAAUUACUAUCUGGGGAAGUGAAGUACAAAAAUACUAUAUUUCUUAGAUUUUAACUCAUGGCCUUUAUUUUAUGGCCUUAAAAUAUAUAUUGAAAAGAAAUCACUACUUUUUGUUUCACAUUUGAACACUACCUCUGGGAUGUUCCCUGUGGGGGUGGAAAUGUCUGAGUUCUGUCUGCACUUGUUCAGUCUUUCAUAUGUGUCUGUGCUGCUACCACCUGCAUGUUGCCUUUUAUUAAACGUUUUGAGUUUGUCUGAA